AUGUGAAGCCUCGACUCGACAAGCCGACACUCUUUCAAUCCAAAAGUAACAAUAGAAACUAAAAUUUAGAAACCUGGAUAUUUUUUUAAUUCCAAUUUGAGCCUCGUCAAGGAAACACGAGCUAACGGUCUUCAAAUCUUAGCUAUAUUAAUUUAGGGUAAUAAUCGGCGGAGAAGCUAGGGUUUAUUUGUUAUGGCGGCUGCGAAUCCUCAGCCGCUGCAGGCGCGGCCUUUUCAGGAGCAUGCGCGAAUACCAGUACAGAUCGAAGACGAAGACGGCGAUUACGAGGACGCUGACGGCAUGGACGACGUGGAAGAAGGAAACAUUAAUUCUAUGAAUAUUAUGAACAAUUGCAAUAAUAAUAAUAGCAGCAAUACUAGUAGUUCAGUGGUUAACGUGGCAGAGCAUGGUGUUGUUGUGGCUGCGGCUUCCAGGACAAGUGAGCUCACGCUCUCUUUUGAAGGCGAAGUUUAUGUGUUUCCUGCUGUUACACCAGAGAAGGUGCAAGCUGUGCUCUUGCUUUUGGGAGGACGUGAUAUACCUACAGGUGUUCCUACAGUUGAUGUACCUUAUGAUCAAAAUAACAGGUGCUCAAAUCUUUCAAGACGAAUUGCAUCCCUUGUUAGGUUCAGAGAGAAACGGAAGGAGAGAUGUUUUGACAAGAAAAUUAGGUACACUGUGCGAAAAGAAGUUGCACAAAGGAUGCACCGUAAGAAUGGGCAGUUUGCAUCUUCAAAAGAAAGUUCUGGUCCUUCACAUUGGGAUUCUUCACAGAGUGGCCUUCAAGAUGGCUCUUCUCAGCCAGAAACUGUUCUUCGGAGAUGCCAACAUUGUGGAGUUAGUGAAAAUAACACUCCAGCGAUGCGUCGUGGGCCAGCUGGACCAAGAACUUUAUGUAAUGCAUGUGGGCUUAUGUGGGCAAAUAAGGGAACACUGAGAGAUCUCAGCAAGGGGGGAAGGAGUGUAUCAAUGGACCAAACUGAACCUGAAACUCCAAUGGAUGUUAAGCCGUCAAUUAUGGAAGGAGAAUUCUCUGGAAAUCAGGAUGAGCGAGUAACUCCUGAAGAUGCUUCUAAGGCUGUUAACAAAGGGUCAAAUGAUCCUUCAUUAGACCCAGCUGAAGAAGAUAUGGAUGGAGCUGCUGAAGAUCUCACAAAUACCUUGCCUAUAGGAAUUGUCCAUUCCUCAGCUGAUGAUGAUGAGCAGUUCUGGGAUCUGCAGGAGCCUCUGGUAGAGCUUGCUAAUCCUUCAGAUUCAGAUAUUGACCUUCCUUCUAACUUUGAUUAGAAGGUGAUGAUUUGGUUUGUUCCAUAAAUGUCUGGAGAUUUGAGUUCUUCAUAGGCUUCUUCAUUUUAGUGUCGCUCACAUUGAAUCUUAAGUACAUUGAUGCUCUCUUGACCCAUAGAAGGUGAACUGCUGCUUCCAGCUGACAUUAGAUAAUGUGGUGAUGCCGGUUGAUGUAAGUGCUGGGAUCUAUUUGUGUACAUUUUGAUAUGAGAUAUGCCUGAGUGCUUUUACCACUGUAUAGUAUGUGAUUUAUUUGCCUAGUCAUGUUGAGAUAGUAAUUUACUGCAAUCUUGACCUUCUUGUUAUAUGUUGUUAAAAUGAACCGAAAAAUGUGCUUUUCA